AUGGGCGAAUCCGCUCAUCCACUCAAGAUCUUUGAUAUUACCAAGAAGCAGGAUCGUUUCUUAUAUGCUCUUGCGCCUAUGGUACGAUAUGGAAAGCUUGCCUUUCGACAAACAGUUCACAAGUAUGGAGUCGACCUUUGCUGGUCCCCCAUGAUCCUUGCAAAAGAGUUCAACCGUAGUAGUUUCGCUCGAGAUAGUGACUUAACCAUCUCUACCCAACCCAACCAACCGCCAACUGUCGUCCAGUUCGGCGCAAAUGUCCCCCUGGAACUGGCUCGCGCCUCAGCACUCGUUGCUCCUUUCACACAGGGUGUCGACCUCAACUGUGGCUGUCCCCAAUCAUGGGCUUGCGCUGAGACGUUAGGCGCUGCUCUUAUGAACCACCGUGAACUGGUCCGGGAUAUGGUUGUCGAGACUAGACAGCGACUGGCAAGUGACGGAUGGGGUGUCGGCCUCGAGAAGGACAUCGACAAUCCCAAGGGUCGAAGUGUGAGCGUAAAGAUCAGAAUUCACAAUGAUCUCAGGCAAACCAUGGACUUUAUAGACACCGUGAUAGGUCAUCCCCAGAACCGCCAGAUUGACUGGCUCACUAUUCACCCACGGACAAGGUCAACGCCAUCAACUACCCCUAUUAGGGCCGAAGCUCUCGAGAUCCUGACAGAAAAGUAUUCAAAGACACUCCCCAUACUCCUCUCUGGAGAUGUCUUCGACCUAUCCACCCUCCCCUUUCAACCCACCAUCACCACCAACAAUGACGCCCCUCUCCCUUCUAUAGACAAACUCGUUCUCAACGAGAAGAAUUCUGCUGUCAACAUGCCACGCCCCAGCAACACCCAUCUUUCAGGCUUCAUGUCCGCCCGUGGCCUCCUGGCCAACCCAGCAAUUUGCGCCGGCUACUCGGCUUGUCCCUGGGAAGCUGUCGAGACAUUCAUGUGCAAAGUAGCACGGGCCCCCGUGCCCUUCAAGCUGGUCCAGCACCACAUCAUGGAGAUGACGGCGCCCGGAAUGGGCCCCAACAAGAACUCGCUUCUGGAAAAGAAGGAGCGUGCUGAACUCAUGAAGUUGACCAAUACUUGUGAGAUCAUCGACUUCCUCGACGAGAAAAUCGACGAGAAAACGGGGAGAGUUGGCGGUAUGAGACGAGACCUAUGA